AUGUUAAGUUUUAGUAAAUGUUUACACGGUAUAAGUACAAAGUUGACUCCUGCAACUAGUCUUACAAUUAAAAAAGUAUUAUUAACAAAAUCCAAUCAGUUAUCUGUUUUUCGUCAACCUUAUAUCAACAAAACAAUAACAUCAAAUUUAAAUCUAAAUGUGUGGAAAAAAUCAUUCAGUAAUAUUAAAAUAGCUGAAGCCGAUCCAAAGUAUGUUGGUUAUUGGUUUCUUGGUUGCAGUGGAAUGGUUUUUGUAGCUGUUGCCUUAGGUGGUAUUACCAGGCUUACAGAGUCUGGCUUAUCUAUGGUUAAUUGGAAACUUUUGGGUGAACAAUUGCCUACAUCACAAGCUCAAUGGGAAGAAGAGUUCAAUAAAUACCAGCAAUAUCCUGAAUUCAAAAUGAAAAAUUCUACUAUGACAAUUGAAGAAUUCAAAUGGAUAUGGUGGAUGGAGUAUGCACACAGGACUUGGGGUCGAUGCAUAGGUGCAGUAUUUUUUAUCCCAAUGGCAGGCUUUUGGUUGACCCGUAACUUCAGUCGAACCACUAAAAUUCAUUCUUUGAUUUGUUCCGUUUUAUUAGCUGGACAAGGUUUAAUGGGAUGGUACAUGGUAAAAUCUGGUCUUGAAGAUAGAUUUGAUAAACCCACAGAUGUUCCUAGAGUAUCACAGUAUAGAUUGGCUUCCCAUCUGGGUUUAGCAUUUAUAUUGUAUUCAUUUCUUUUAACAAAUUCAUUGCGCAUUCUUUUGCCUGUUAAAGUAACUGGAGUUGUUACUAAAAACUUUGUUGGACUAGCAAUGGCGGCUAAAGGACUUGUUUUUUUGACUGCCAUGUCUGGUGCAUUUGUUGCUGGAUUAGAUGCUGGAUUGGUGUAUAAUUCAUUUCCAAAAAUGGGUGAUAAAUGGAUACCCGAUGAUAUUAUGCAAAUGGAUCCAGCACUUAGUAAUAUCACAGAAAAUCCCACUACAGUACAGUUUGACCACAGAAUAUUGGGAAUUAGUACCGUAUCAAUAUUAUCAGCUUUAUAUAUAAUGUCUCGAAAAAGUAAGCUACCUCCAAGAGCUAAAUUGGCUACCACUGCUUUAGCCACAUUUUCAUGGUGCCAAAUGGGAUUAGGAAUUACGACACUCCUCACUUAUGUUCCUGUUUCACUAGCUGCCGCUCAUCAGUCAGGUUCACUUACUUUACUUUCACUUGCUCUGUGGCUUGUACAUGAACUUAAAACAUUACCUAAAGUAUAAAUUCAUAGUUUAUUUGUAUGUAGUAAUUUAAGAAUAAGUAUAAUUUGUUUUUAAUUACCAUUUUUUAUUUUUUAUUUUGAU